AGACGGAGCGGAGGCGCCAUUUUGCGCUGCUGCGGGAGACGGUUUGGGAGGCUGUGGCGGGAGGGAGGUGGUGGCGGUAGCGAUAAUAAUAACAGCAACAAUAAUAGCGGUAGCGGCCGCGGGUACAGUUGCUGCUCGGGACUAGCGUCCCCGUUCACCCAGCCCCGUGGCCAAGACUCUGCCGACAUGAGCGACGUGGAGGAGAACAACUUCGAGGGGAGGGUUAAUGUUCGUGAAGAGAUUGAAGAGUUUUUUCCAAGAAUGUGGAAGAUAAAUCAAGAUAAAAGAAGGCUAAUGAAAAGUAUUAAAGAUCAGAAAAUUAAAAUUGAAUGGGGGAAAAAAUUGAACAGAAGAUUGGUCAGAUAGAAGCACUUGAAUAUUUUUUUAAGGCUAUAAUGAAUUGUUUGAAUUGGGGAAGAAUACACGAAGUAUGAAAAAUGAAAAACUCAAUGAAGAAUGAAGAAAAGUAGAAAGCAAGAGUGAAGUAGAAUUAAAAGAAUCUGGAAGAAUGAAUGGGUCCUAGGUUAAGUAAAUGAGUCUCGCUCCCAGUCAAAAUCUCCAGCUGGGAGUCCUGCUCGUGUAAAAUCGGAGAGCAGGUCAGGAUCUCGCAGUCCAUCGAGGGCUUCCAAACAUUCUGAAUCGCAUUCAAGGUCAAGAUCAAAAUCAAGGAGACGUUCUCGAAGCAGAUCGUACACGCCAGAAUACCGUCGUCGAAGGAGCCGUAGUCAUUCUCCAAUGUCCAACAGGAGAAGGCACACGGGCAGCAGAGCUAAUCCAGAUCCUAAUACAUGUCUUGGAGUGUUUGGUCUCAGUUUGUAUACUACCGAGAGAGAUUUGCGUGAAGUCUUUUCCCGUUAUGGACCUUUGACUGGUGUCAAUGUGGUUUAUGAUCAACGGACCGGACGAUCAAGAGGAUUUGCUUUCGUUUAUUUUGAGAGAAUUGAUGAUUCUAAAGAGGCAAUGGAGCAUGCAAAUGGUAUGGAGCUGGAUGGCCGGAGGAUUCGGGUGGAUUACUCAAUCACCAAGAGAGCACAUACACCCACCCCAGGCAUCUACAUGGGCCGGCCAACACACAGCGGAGGAGGUGGUGGUGGUGGAGCAGGUCGCCGCCGUGACUCAUAUUAUGAUAGGGGGUAUGACAGAGGAUAUGACAGAUAUGAAGAAUAUGACUACAGAUACAGGAGACGAUCGCCAUCGCCUUAUUAUAGUCGAUACCGAUCACGAUCAAGAUCCCGUUCCUAUAGUCCAAGGCGUUACUGAAGAUCAGAAGAGUUACAGUUGAGGAUGUGAUUUUUAAAUACGAAGUUCAGACCUUAGCUUCCCUACUGCUUUCCUUCCCCUCCUCCCUUCCUCGUCCUCCAUCCAGCUCUUUUACAAAUCUUUGGUUCAUUUAGAAUAUACAUGUUUUCAGUUGAAGUAUUCCUGUUUUCCAUCCCUCCUUAUUGUAAUACUCUUAAAUAUUGUAAUUGUUGUAGUUUUUGUGUAGUAAAACAUCUUAAGCAAAAUGAAAUAGAGAACCCAAAGUGCUGAUACGUUUUGGAAGUCAUUCCUAUUUUGUUUUUAAAACAAUUGGACUCCUGACUAAUCAGAAGAGAGCAUUGAUAUUUUUAAAGCUUGCAUGUCAUAUGUAAUAUACACACUCAGAUACUUUAAUAUAAACCUGCAUUUCCAAGUAACUCCUUAAUCUUUCUGUUAAAAUGUUUACCUAUUACUUUGAUAAACAAGUAACAACUUUGAGCCUUUUCUGUAAUGACAAAUUUACUUAGAUAGUCAUGAACCAGAGGAUUUUUUUAAUUAUUAUUUUUGUCAGGUAGUCACUUUGAGUGUAGGCAGUUUGAACUAGGGCAAAAUCGGGUAUUUGACUGGGAAGAUAGAUCCUUGUACACUCAAAGUUAGAGCUGUGGUUUAUAGAUAAAGUUUCUGGAUUGCUACACAGUGGAUAAUGUUUGAAGUUAAAACUGUAAAAAUCUGGGGGGUUUUAUUGUACUUGGUUGAAUAUUUCCCCUUAAUCGGUGCAGGAGAGAAAAUAUUUAUUGAACGUACCAAUUAGUUAUAUAAUUUGCUGUUCAUAUGGAGAAAAAAAAACAAAACUCACCAACUUUUUGGUAUUGCAAUAAUGAUUAAGCGAAUUCUGUUUCCAGUCGUUUUUGGAGUUUUGCAAGUAUGGAUGGAAAAACCUACAACUACAUGUAAACCCUUUUUUUUCCCCCCUUCAAUAAAAGUUAAUUCUACUGA